AUGGCAGCAAACUUGUUCUUCAAGCUGAACGGAUGCAUCACGAACAGAUGCAGCCUCUUGUCUUCAGUAAAAGGAGAAAGUGUCCUUGCUCACACACAGGCUUGCACUGUUUUAAUGCGCUGUCAUUUCAAGUCCUGGUUUGAAAGUCAGGUGCGGGAGUACAGAUUAACUGGACCUGAUGACCAGAAGGGUGUCAACAAGGCAGUUUCUGAUGCAGAAAAGGUUGUAGGGUACACAACAUCUUUUCUCAGUCUUCGAUGUCUGCUGUCAGAUGAAAUGUCAAACAUAGCUCUUCAUAUGAGGAAAUUGGUUGGCACAAAGCACCCUCUGCUAAAAACUGCAAGAGGACUAGUCUUUGAUGGCAAGCACAAUCUCCAGAUGAGAGGACUGCUGGUAUUACUGAUCUCAAAAGCUGCAGGUCCGAAACCUGGGGGAGGUAACUGUGAACAGGACAGAAUCGGCGGUGUCUACUCAAGCCAGCGUUCACUUGCUGAAAUCACAGAAGUUAUCUACACUGCCAACCUCAUACACAAGGGUGUUGUCAACCUUGAUUUGCUCAGGCCUGAAGACGGGCCACUCCCAGACAUGGAGUUUGGGAACAAAAUAGCUGUCCUGAGUGGUGACUACCUUCUGGCGUCUGCUUGCUCAGGCCUUGCUAAACUAGAGAACCCUAUAGUGCUAGAACAAAUUGCUAGUUCUAUUGGAGACAUGAUGUCUGCAGAAUUUACUAACUGUACAGAUUCCAGUGGAACACCAACAAUGCCGGAGAGUUGCCGGGGUUUUUCAGACUGGCUGAGGCAGACCUACUUGUCUCUUGGCAGCUUGCUUGCCAAGAGCUGCCAGUCUGCCAUGACACUUGCAGGCCACUCCACAGACUUUGAGACAAUGGCAUUUGCAUUUGGGGAGAAUGCAACUUACGCUCAACAGUUGUGCAAGGACAUGGUACCCUUUACACAACAAGAUGAGUUAUCAGCUUUGACCUUGGCCUUAGCCCCCAUCUACUUGUACAGAGAAAAAGUGACCUUACAUGAGUUCAAACAUCUUGAGGAACUAUGGCAAGCCGGGCCAGCAAAUUUUAAAAAGAUUGCCUCAAUUAUUCUGAAAAGUGGAGUUCUUGAUCAAGGCAAGGAAUUGUGUCUGCAACACAGGAACAAGGCAAUAGCAUGCUUGGAGUGUUACCCUGCCUCAGAUGCCAAAGCGGCCCUCAUUAAUAUGGUUACAGCUAUGAGUGAUGUUAGAUAA